AUGAAUGAUUUUGCCAACGAGGCGAGGAAGAAAAUCUCGAGUAUCAGGACGAGGAGGCCAAACUGUGCGUACAGCUCGGUACAGCCGAUCAACGUGGACGAGGAGAGGGAGAAGUUCCUCAAGAAAGCCAAGGAGUACGAGUGCGGGAGCAGGAAACGGCGGCCGGAGGAUCCGAUCUUCGAGUACGCGGACUCUGCCGAGUGCGAGAUGGCUUGCCCUGCAGUCCCUUGCUCUUGCUCGAGAGCGAAGAUGUGGGAGGAGUUUGGGCCGGCAGAUGACCGGUACAUCGAGCAAGCUCUCAAGAUCCUCAACCUGUACAAGGACGCCUCUACUUUGGAUCAGAUUGAUGUGGUUGCGGAUGCGCAAAGAUUGUCUCCGACUUCAGAUCCAUCGGGUCGAUGUUCAGACGUCCACAAGAUUGAGGAGUGGGUUAGGAAGUACCUUGAAGAGAUUGGUGUCGAGAAAUCCGUCGAGAUUGUCUGGAUGGACAAGAGUAAAUGCCGAUCAGCUUCGAUGAUCUCCACCAUCGUGAAUGGCGAAGUGAAGGGGAAAUUGCACCUGGUCAAAGACACGAUCCGAUGCUUCUUCAACUUCAUUUUCACCAGUGAUGUCCCAGGAAACCAGUGGACUCGAUUGAGAUUUCAGAGUUUGAUGGAUCACGAGAUUGGAACGCACUUCGUACGCGCGCACAACAACCAGAAGAUUGUGAACAUGAUGGGAAAAUGGACAAGAGAAGCGAAAAGUCCGAUCGUUGAUCUGAUAACGGAAGAGGGUCUUGCGAGCUUGAACACAUUGUUGAAGAGCAGAAACAAGCUCAUGUGGUCGCCCGCUCUAUCCUACUACUCUCAGUGUAGAGCGAGAGAGCUUGGCUUCACAGAUUUGUUUCUUGAGCUCAAGCAGUACGUUUCGUCCCCUGAAGCAAGAUGGUCGUACUGUCUUCGUUGCAAGCGAGGACUGAGGAAUUCAGCGCUUCCUGGGUCACUUGGCAAGGACCGAGCUUACUUGGAAGGAGCUAUCAAGAUUCUACAAAGAUUGAACGAUCUCGAUUUUGUCCUGUUACAUUCUAUGAAGGUCUCUUUGGAAGAUUACAAUGAUGCAAAGAUUGUGUUGCUGCGGAACUCGUCCCUUACCCGGCAACUUCACAUCCCAUCGUUCCUCAGCAACAUCGCCGACUACAAAGAAAGCUUGAAGGAGAUUGCCAGAGUGAAUCUCAUCGACGUCAAGGAGAAGAAGAGAGCAAGGAGUUUCUUCUCACUGACUUCUGUCGGUGCGAUGAGAAGAUCUUUUGAGAUGAGGCGAUCGGAGCUGAUGGAGAAAAAUCUCGACAAGAUCUCGUCGCUAGCACGAAAGCACGCCGACCUUCUGUUGAGCUCAGCGAAGCAGAAUCGGAAGAAGACGCGGCAAGCUGUGAUUGCGAGGUGUGUUGGAAGCUCCAAGAGAGAAGAGAACAGGAACGCGAUCUUAGAUGAAUGUUUCAAGCAGAGGCAGAAGUCGAACAAACUUGUAAAUGCCAAGAACACAUGA